UAUUUGUAAUCCCCCGCCAUCCGAAUCGUUGCGGGAGCUGGAUGUUCUUGGGGACAGUUCUUGAGCCGGCGUAAGGCCAAGGGGUGUAGGCGGGAGGCGGCUGUUUAGGCUUUCACCAUGGUCCAGCGCCUGACUUACCGCCGUAGGCUGUCCUACAACACAGCCUCUAACAAAACUAGACUGUCCCGAACCCCAGGGAACAGAAUUGUUUACCUCUACACCAAGAAGGUUGGCAAGGCCCCCAAGUCCGCGUGUGGUGUGUGCCCAGGCAGACUUCGAGGGGUUCGUGCAGUGCGACCUAAAGUUCUCAUGCGACUGUCUAAGACGAAGAAGCACGUCAGCAGGGCCUACGGGGGCUCCAUGUGUGCCAAGUGUGUCCGGGACAGGAUCAAGCGCGCUUUCCUUAUCGAGGAGCAGAAGAUCGUGGUGAAGGUGUUGAAGGCGCAGGCGCAGAGUCAGAAGGCCAAGUAGGGGCGGUGCUCCUCACGGAAUAAAGAUGCAAAAGCU